UGCGCAAUCCAGGAGGCGGAGGAAAGAGAGAGACUGCGCAGGCACAGCAAUCCCUUUUUUUAAGGCAAAGAGACAGAGGAAGGAGGGAGAGGAAGGAGGGAUCGCGCAGGCGCCGUGUCCAUUGCUCCCCUCAGUUGAUCAAGUCACGCGCAUGCGCAGAGCCGUCAAGCGAGGAAGCGCUCUUUUUCUCCCCCCUCAGACGCCAGGCGAGCGGUCAGAGCGCAUGCGCAGAGGCAGACGGCGGGCGGGAAGAGCUCAUCUUCUUCACAGAGGUCUCUCUCGUCUUCUCGCGCUUCCUCCCUUUUCUCUCGCUGUCCGCCCCUCUCAACCGGCAAAACGGGGAGGAUGUGGCCCUACCCAAGCCGCUCCGUGCGGCUGUUCGUGAGGGGCUUCCCCCGCGGGAGCACGCAGCGGGACAUGCGGCGGCACUUCGAGAAGGCCGUGGGGCCCGGCGACGUGCUCGACGUCUCCGUGAGGGGCUUAUGCGCCAUUGUGCGCAUGCGCGACGAGGCGGCGGGCGAGCGCGCGCGGCGGGAGCUGCACGGGCAGCCCUUCCUCGGCAUCCCGAUCUCCGUCCACCGCUUCCGGGGCAUCAAGAUCUACGUGGGCGGCCUCCCCGAGUACUGCGCCCCGGAAGACCUCCGCCCGCUCUUCCAGGAAUACGGGCCCGUCGCCGAGUGCGGCGUCGUGAAAGACUAUGCGUUCGUUCACAUGGACAAUGAGGAGGAUGGUAAAGCGGCCAUUGAACACCUUAAUGGGACGGAACUCUACGGGAGCAGCAUUACUGUACAACGCUCUGUGAAAGACCAUAAGCAUUAUGUAAACCGUGAGCAGCAUUCUGAACAGGAAACUCUAGAUGAAAGGGACACAUUUGCAGAUCCACAUUAUGAAGAACCACCUGUGUCGUAUGAUCAGGACUAUCGAUUCCAGUCUGGGCAGGCAGCAGCAUACCGAAAUGGGGAUGAGUUGGAAGACAACAGCUAUGCAGAGGCCUACUCUGCCCAGUCUCAUUCCUAUGGAAGCAAGUCCUAUGACAGCCACAAUGCUGAUUAUGAGAAUCGGGCUGCUUAUGAUGUGGGGGAUGACGCGACUGCUUCCUACUCUACACAGUACUCUGAUUCCCAAUCCACACAUGACAGAGCAUCAGUGGAUGUAGCAUACCAAUCCGUUUCUGAUCGGUUAGCAUUAGGUCACAGGAAAACCUCUUCCCGCCAUUCACUGUAUGAGCGCGUCCGUCUAUCCCCACCGAGUAGCAGCUAUGAGGACGAGCGUGCAGGCGGUAAAAGCUAUACGAGACAAGCGGAUGAUAGUUACUGCCCGCCGUACAAGUACGUUUGUCGCUCCCCACCACACAGCAGCCGCGACGAUUUCGACAGAAGGGGAAACAGAUCAAGUAGCAGGUAUACAGGAAGAUCAGAAAGUGCUUCUCGCUAUACAUCAAGAUCAGAAAGCGCUUCUCGCUAUAGAUCGGAAAGCUCGUCUCGCUAUAGAUCGGAAAGCUCUUCUCGAUAUAGAUCGGAAAGCUCUUCUCGCUAUACCGGAAAAUCGGAAAGCUCUUCUCGCUAUACAGGAAGAUCGGAAAGCUCUUCUCGCUAUACAGGAAGAUCAGAGAGUGCUUCUCGCCAUACAGGAAGAUCGGAAAGUUCUUCUCACCGUCGACCGUAUGAACGCAAUUAUCUUUCUCCGCCACAUAGGAGUCGUGAAAACCAUAGGAGCCACCGUUAACUGUCAGAGGUACUAUCCUGACUUCAAGCGGUCCAAGGUUCCCAUUCUUCAUCAGAAUUCCCUCCCAUCCUUCUGCCCUUUGAAGUGGAUAAAUCACGUUAUUUCAAAAUGUAUGCAUAAUGCCAGCUGCAGCGCUCUUUGACAAAUUCAGAAUGUUCUUUUGAGCACUGCAUUUCUUUACCCCCUUUUUUGCCACGAGUGUCAUGACAUCUAGGCAUUCUAACUUCUUUCCCGAGUAACUGCAUACGGAAGUGAGUUAUAUGUUGCCAUUGAAGAGAAGUAGAGCUCUUUCAGUUACCUUCUGUCUUAAUUGUAGUUUAGCCUCUUAUAAGCUAUCUGUGAACUGCUGCCUAUUCAGCCCUUUAAAACCAAAGUCGGAGGCUGAGAGGAUUGUUUGUUUACCAACAAUCGCUUCUGAUUCCUUGGCUUAUUUUUCUAAGAGAAAAAGAAAUAUCUUAGUUCAUUGAAGUACCUGUUUAACUGAGUUACUUUUAAGAGCACCCUUCAGUAAAUUCAUAUAGUAUACAAGUCCCCCUUGAUGGAUUAUCAUCUUGUUGUGGUGAGGGGGCUUACGUGUUCAAAUGAAUCUGCCGGUGCAACCGUCAGAGUCAUGCACUCCCAGGGGAGGCUCCAGACCGAGCUUCAAGUAUGCUUCCAGUUAGAAAUAAAUUUAGAUACACAUAAUGUUUUGUCAAUAAAAGUGGGUUUGUUGGUGUUUUUAUAAGA